UUAGUUCAAUCCUAAGCAAGAUGGACAAAAGAGGUGCCAAGGUUGAUGGCAAAAAGUCUGCACCGCCCAAAAAUGAGACACAAAACUUGUCAAGAUCCUUGCCAUCUCCAUGGUCUACUUCUACGCAGGCUUAUCAUAAUGUUGAGCAUGCUGCAACUUCCAAUGUAAAUCCAGCUACUUCUCUUUUUUAUCCCUCCUGGUCGGGAAGUCAGAUGCCAACAGCAUAUGAUGCAAUGUAUCAAAGUUGGUCAUUCUCCAACAUUUAUCCAAUGGCAGCAGCAGAGGUUGGACAAUGUUGUCUAUUAGAUUCUGGAGAUGAAAUGCAAAGGAUUUCUUGUGACAAGAGCUUACAACCUUCAAUCCCAAAAACCAAUGGGGAAGGACUACCAAGGAGUGUGACUAGCGAAAGCAAGGAAACAACAGUUGUAGGCCAUGAUGUUAAGAAUGCCGGUGCAGCAACAACAUUUAAAAUAAAGGAAAGUGAUGAAACAAAAGAAAGAAGAAAAAGGCAGAAAAAUAUGAUAUCAGACAAGAGAAAAAAGAGAAAGAUCAUGAAGCUGCAGGAUAUCCCUUCAACUAGGCAGGGGCAGUCCAGUAUGAUGCAAGGAAAUGGGCCAGCUUCACAGAAUGUGAGUAGUAAUGAAACUUGCAAUGUUAUUGCAUCUGAUCAUUUUGAAGCAAAUCCAACUGAGCUGCAGAAUCAGAAGUUGGGUACAGAACCCGAUGCAUGUGGCAGUAAGCCUCAACUGAAAAGAAAGGAAACUGCUGAAGAAAAAGAACAAAGAAGAAAGCAUCAAAAGAAGAUAGCAUCUAAGAGAUCAAGGAUGAAGAUAAAGAUAGAACGUGAAAAGAUAAUUGAUUCCUUGGAGAGUCUUGAUGAUGAAAAUGCUGUUCUCAGGGAAGAGCUUCAUGCCCGUACUAUUGAGUGUGAGAGGAUCGAAAAAGAAAACAAUGCCUUACUGGCAGAACUCAUUGAGCAGUAUGGGGAAGAAACAGUAAUGAAUCUUUUGAAGGCACAGUCUACUGACUCAGUUGCUGGGGGUGGUCAAGGCUCAAACAGUUGA